UUUUUUGCCAAAAAGAACGUCAUUCGGAACCUCUAAUGGUCUCGAGACCGCUUGGACAGCCCGAGGCAUCACUUGCUUUCUUUGUGUGCAUUGCCUUCAUUUGACCCAUCACAAUCAUCCUUCUAUCCAUAUAGAGACUAUAUCCUUGCCCUUUGACAAAACAAAAUGAGCAUGCAAGGUCCUACUACUACUAAACUGGAGUCGUCGCUACGCUGUCGCUAUACGGCGGCUUGGGUGUUGUUCUUUCUGCUGAGUUUUAUCAUUUUUGUAGAGUUUCGAUUCAACUUGGACCACACAGGAGUGCUCAAAUCAUAUUAUGGGGACAACGAUCAGAGGGAACGAAAUGUCAUUGUGAUCAACACGAACAUCAACAGUAGUGAGAAGAAGCAGAAGAUCAGUCCCAGCAAUACUGUGGUGGAAGUUCCUCUGUUUGACUUGUCGAGUGUCCCAGAUCUCCAAUGUGGAAUGAAUUAUUCCGAUUUUGUGUCUCUAUCAUCUACUUGGACACAGAGCUGGAAGCAACAACAACAACAACGAGGAGACAAGAACAAUCCUCUGCCUCUGGCAUGGACAGUAAGUGGAGGAGAAAAGUAUUCCGUCUACUUGCCAAUGCUGUUGGGCCGAUGGAAACGAUUGGGAAUGCAUCCCGUCAUGGUCAUGGCACUCGAUCCCUACACGGCCAAUCUCGUGUGUGGUGGAAUGAACAGCAACAACCAGUUCUUUUUUUUUGCCAUCCAAUGGGAUCAACCCAAAGAAUCCUAUUCCCGUGUGGCCGAUGUCAAAUUCGAAUUGCCCGCCAUGCUGAUUGACCAAGGCAUUCCUUCCUUUUUCGUGGAACCCGACAUUUUCUGUCGACGCAAUCCCAUUCCCACGUUUGUACAAGAAUUGGCCGCCAAUUCCAGUGAUGACAAGGUACUCCAAUACAAUCCGCAAAAUGCUAGUAAUACACCCUUUGAUCUCAUUCACUUGGGACACAUCAAACCCAAUUGGUAUCCCAAUAUUGGCGCCUACUACGUUCAGCCCAAUCCACACGUGGCCACGUUUUUCCGCAAUACCCGCACCAUUCUUCGACAUUCCAAAAAUGGGGGUCGAUUCUCCCCGGUACUACCCGACAACAACAACAAACCCGCUCGCAAACCCCCCUUUUUUGAUCAAUUUGUGUAUUACCUCUGUCUCCCCGAACGAUCUUACGAACGAGGCACCCGCUUGGCCGAGCACUUGUACCAACCCGGGACCACCAAGGAUUGGGUGGAUGACUGUCACCGCAAUGUUACAACGUUUCGCUACAAGGCCAUUUCCAAUGAAAUCAUGAGUUACGCUCCCGUCAUUACCGACAAUACACAUUGCAUUCAUCCGCUCAUGGGACGACCGGGAAUGCCCUUUACCGCCAAAAAGCAUGGCAUUCACAUUUUUCGCAUGAAAUAUCAGAUUGCGGCAUUGAUGGCCUUGGCGGUCCACUCGAAUCGGACUGUGAUUUUGCCACGCAAUGUACGACAGCAAGAUGGACAUGCCGUACAAUUGCCGCAAUUGAUGAGUAUCGUGUCCAUGGAAGAAAGCUUGGGCGGUGGUCUCCAGUAUCGAUUUGAUGUUCCCAAACCCUUGUUGGAUUCGUACGGUAUGGUCAUGAAACAGCACCAUGCCGUCUACAUGGCACAAGACAAUCAUUCCUUUCAAGAUUCCUUACAAGCCAUACAGGCACAUCGUCAUGUACCGGUUGUGUCGGUGGACAAAUCGUGUCUGUUGGUCAAGGAUGAGGACAAAGAUCAACAACAACAACCGAAUACUAAUAGUGUAAGCCACAAGGAGGUCUUGUCCGUCAUGGACAAGAUCCGAUGGUGCAUUGGGAUCCGGGACAUUCAGUUCCACGAAGCGCAACAAGGAGUGCACGGCAAGUAUUGCGAGAAAUGGUAUGUCGUGAAUGCAAAGGGUGUCAACUGGGAAUAAUAGAUAAAAGCAAGCAAGCAAAGACCGAGUAGCUAGGCUAGCUAUUCAGCUAGCCGCCGUCAUGCUUGUUUGCUUGCUACCGGUAGGAAAAGCAAUGACAUGUCGGAACAAGGGGGCAACCUCCUAGGACAUAUGUAGCCGGUGGGAAGGUCCAAAUGCAGUCAAUGUUUCAUAAUACCAGGUA